AUGUGGGGGGCUUGCGGGGGGUCUCUGCUCCAUUUUGGGGUAUCUGGGAAGUCGCCUCCCCCCCCCUCCGCGGCCCUUCCCCCCCGCCGGGGUCCCGGCCCGGGGCGGGCCCGCCCGGGCGGGUGGGGGGCCCCGCCCCCCCCCCCCCCCCCCCCGGAUUUUGCUGUCCGUCGCUCCGCCUCCUCCCCCCGCCUGGACUCCGCCCCCCAGAAUAAAGAGCUGCGCUUGGCCCGCGUGCCCCCCACCCCCUCACACUGGGCUCCCUGUGACGCUGUCCCAUCAAACCCCAUUGAUGGAGGCCCCCCGGUGAAAGUGGAUGCAGAGCCUCGGCCCCGCAGGACUUACCAACCCCCCGUGCGGGACGAGGAAUCCGAGUCGCAGCGCAAAGCGAGGUCCCGCAUGAUGCGGCAGUCCAGGAGGUCGACGCAGGGCGUCACUCUGACUGAGCUGAAGGAAGCAGAGAAGGCGAUUGGUCGCAUCGGAGAGGAGCAGCCAAUCAGAGAGGGGGAGAGGCGGGAGGAGCAGCCCCCCGAGAGCACG